AUGAAAUAUUCGUUCUUGCUCUUGCUCCUCGUCGGUUCUGUAGCGGCAUCAUUGCCUGCUAUCAAUGUAACCGGUAAUGCAUUUUUAAACUCUGAAACGGGCGAGAGGUUUUAUAUAAGGGGUGUUGAUUAUCAGCCCGGCGGAUCUUCAAACCUUACUGAUCCUCUGGCGGAUUCUGAAGUGUGUUCCAGAGAUAUUCCUUAUUUCAAGGAUCUUGGUCUGAACACCAUCAGAGUUUACUCGGUGGACAAUACUUUGAGUCACUCUGAGUGUAUGGACAAGCUUGCAGAUGCAGGAAUCUAUUUGAUCUUGGACGUCACUACCCCUGGAACCUCUAUUUCGAGAAGCAACCCUGACUGUUCUUACAAUGCCGACUUUUUACAGAACAUCUUCGCCACAGUCGACGCCUUUGCUAACUACACUAAUGUCUUGGGCUUUUUUGCUGGUAAUGAGGUGGUCAACGAGGAAGACGUUUUGUUUACUGCUCCAUACAUCAAGGCUACUGUUAGAGAUCUCAAAAAGUAUAUCAAGGCAAGGGAUUACAGACAGAUCCCCGUGGGUUACUCAGCUGCGGAUGUUUCUUCGGUGAGACUAGAACUUGCAGAAUAUUUGAACUGCGGAAACGAUUCAACUGCCAGGAUUGAUAUGCUUGGUAUUAACGACUACUCUUGGUGUGGGCACUCCUCGUUCACCCAGUCAGGAUAUUCAGAGAAAGUGAAAAUGUACUCAGGUUACUCUGUUCCUAUGUUCCUUUCUGAAUACGGUUGCAACACUCAAGGCACCAGACAAUUUUCCGAGGUUGCCUCUAUCUAUUCCACUCAAAUGUCCUCAGUUUUUUCUGGUGGCCUGGUUUAUGAGUAUUCUCAGGAAGACUCUGACUACGGACUUGUCGAGAUUGACGGAGAUUCCGUCUCCACUCUGGAUGACUAUGCAAAUCUGAAAUCUAUGCUAAAUUCUACAUCUGAUCCUCAAGGAACUGGAGGGUACUCUACGUCCUACAAGCCAUCUGAGUGCCCAACUGACUGGAACUUCACAAUUACGGUUCCAGAUACCCCAGAGGAUGCACAAACUUACUUUGACAAUGGUGCUGGUGCAGGUUAUGGUUUUGAAGCAGAAACGCAAGAGUCUUGUGACUAUGACGAAGUUUCUGGUGUCAGUUCUCAAUCUGUUACCUCAACCGGCUCUUCUACUGCUUCGUCAUCCCCUACAACAGCAACCUCGUCUUCUUCCUCCCUUACGACUUCCUCUUCUUCAUCAAAAGGUAUUGGUGCCCAAAUGCAAGCACAAACAUUCUACCCCGUUUUCAUGAUAUUGUCUGCUUUGCUGGUUUAG